UGGAAAGUUAGAUGGAUUUCCGAAAUUUGCAGUGGAACUUCAAUAUAGAUGAGUGGAUUUCUAUGCCUGUUACUUUCACUAAAACAUGUCAAUAUCUGCUUCCUAUUUGUAGAAGCAUAAUUCCCCUUAGGCAUGCCAAUGUGAUCCUGUUCUUUAAUAAUGUCAUUAUCUAUUGUUUUCUGUAGUGAACGUACACUUUGUUGAAUUGAUAGUUCUAGAGUCCUUUUGUUUUGGAGCAUUUGUGGUGAGAUUACCUCGUCUUUCUGAUUGUGACCAUAACGUUGCCUUUUCUGAUUUUUCUGGAAAGUGAUAGAAUAAAGGAACAAAAUAGAUGAUUAAUAAUUCUGAUCAAAUACAAGCUCAAGGAUGGAAGAUUACAGCAAUUUGAAGAGGGCUCGUUUACAAUCAUUGCUUUCUACUCUUCUUGAUGAUCCUGUACUUAAAGAUGUGCCCAAAAAUCCAAAUGUUGCUGAUGUUAAUACACUAAUCAGCUUAGAGCAGGGAAGUGCUAUGAAGCUUUUUGUUCUUAGGAUGGACAACACCAUCUUUGAUGUGGCAGUGCCAAAUUCUGCGUCUGUGAAAGAUUUGAAGUCAGCAGUGACAAGGAAAGUGAAUGAGAUGGAGCAGUCAAAGAUGGGACAUCGCCACAUUUCAUGGAGACAUGUUUGGUCAAAUUUUUGCCUAAGCUAUGCAAACCAGAACAUUAUUGAUGACAAAGCAAUGCUGCAAGAUUUUGGUAUCAGGAAUAAUUCUCAGAUACACUUUGUUCCUUAUCUUGCUUCCAAAGAGCAAGGAAGACAUUCAAGAUCUAAGAAACGUCGCUUCUUUCAUGGCUUAAGUAAACAUUCUUGAAUUUUUGUACAAAGAAAACAAUUAGCAUUUAUAUUUAUUUGUAAGCCUAGCUUCUUUCAUGGCUUAAGUAAACAUUCUUGAAUUUUUGUACAAAGAAAACAAUUAGCAUUAUAUUUAUUUGUAAGCCUAUCAUAUUAUAUGGCUAAUUUGAAUACAAUACUUUAAGUUAACUAAUGGCAUCUUCAUCAAGUUAAGAAACUCUAA